AUGCUCAAGACUGGUGCUAAAUAUUCUGGCCUUGGGCCGAAUGCUCCACCAGCUACACGAAAUCAUGUCUUCAUAAAAGACAUUGCACUUGCAUUCGCGGUGUCGGUACUGCCUCUUCUCGCCUUCUCCGGCUUACUCCUUGGUCUAUUGUUCUGGUAUCGGGUUAUACCGCAUGGCCGCAAUGAUCCGAGACUCCCAGACGAAAAUCCGCAGAAAAAAAGCAUCGUCUUUAUCAGUCUCAGUGCCACUGUAUUUACUACUGUGGGUUCGUGGUCAAGCACAGUGGCGCCGCUCUCGCUCCCGUUUAUCCUGACGAUUGCGUCCUAUCCCGCGUCCAGACUGAUGAUGCGAGCCAGCGACGGCAAGGAAGGGCGAAAACUGCCCACUCCGUAUCAGAUUGCUCUGAUACUCCGGGUCAUGUCCAAUUCUUCGCUCAGUUCGGUCUGGCAAUGCAUGAACUACAUCUCUGCAAAGGGAAGGAGGGCGCCCAUGUCAUCUGCCCUCAACAUCAUGAUGUGUACACUUGUUUUGGGCACGAUACAGAGCACGUUCAUCGUUGCGACGGAUACGUGGCUUCACGUCACGACGGAGACAGUUCCCAUGACUGAGUUUCACACAACAUUGCCCAAAAAUGCUACCUUCGGCAUACGCCCAGCCUGCUUCAAGAUUGGAGAGGAAAAGCCCAAUAUAUGCAAUACUUUUCUGAAAGACGAAUUAAUGAAAAACGACAGAAACCACAUCACCCAAGAGAUCUUCUCCAACAUGUCUGACAGGGUAAUGGUUCAGAACCACGAUGAGGGCGGACAUCGAUACGCCUAUAUUGCCUCUCCGGCGUAUCGUUUCCAGACGGACAUUGACUACGUAGCCACAACAUUUGCAGUCAAGACGAACUGUACCCCUGCAACAUCCAGAUGCUUCAAGAACCGUCACUUUCCCAACGUGACCUCCUACAAAUGCGACUUUGCCAUGGACGAACCCAUCGAUAAAACGAUGAACUUCUUAACCUUGACCGAUUUCACGGACUCGACACUCUCCAGCAAUCCGAAUGACACCUAUCACAACUCGAACCCGCAUAACUUUGCAGCCAUCUUGAAUAUGGGCUUCGGUUUCGCCCCAUCGGGAUACGCUGAUAGCGACGAGGUAUACAGCGGCCCAGACCAACCGACGGUCAUCAUCAUGCUGUGUGAGAGCACUGUAUUUGACACAGAGUACGGCUCCGCCAAUGGCUCCGUUACGCAUUUCUCGACCUCACCCAGCAACUUCUCCUCGACCAAUGUCAUCGCGGGGACACUGAGGUUCAGUUCUGCUAUGGAAUAUUUCCUCAUGCACAAUACCAUUACCGACUUCUGGGAAAGUAAGACUGCACAGCAACUGGCUGACAGAUUUUCCAAUACAUACAGUCAAGCCAUUCUCGCGUCGGCCGGCGCAGCUCUUGAGCCCAGACCUGCAGAGCUAGCCCAACGGCGAUCCUCGAUACUCGUGGCUGCUGUGCCGGUAGCGCCGCUCGUCUGUCUGCUUGUUGCCAACGUGCUAGUCGUGCUGCUGGCGACUGUUCUCACGGCGGGCGCCCUGAUGGAGGUGACCAAGUCCGAUGAAGUGGGAGAUGUGCAGACGAGACUGAGUAUCGACGCCCUCGUGGCGGCGCAUUUCGAGACGCGCGGAAAGAAGCCCGGUGUGAGGAAGAUAGAAGACAUGUUUGAGGAAUAUCAAGGUGGUGAUGGGCCGCGAGUCAAGGUAGAGAAAACGACUGAGGAGAGCUGGAAGCUGGUUAGUUGCGAUUCAUAA